AUGGCAUUCCGUCUCCCAACCCACGCCCCUCCUCGUCGACAGACAUCCUAUCCUGCCUCUGAACAACGGGCCCUCGAACUUGCUACACAUACUUCUCAACACCAACAGCAAAUAGACGACGAUUCCAAAGAAUGGAUUCUCUUUUCUCCGUCGCAAGCUGCGUCGACAACCACCCGCACCCGGAGCGACUCCACCGAACGAACGGCACGCACCGCUGGUGUCUCGCGACUGAGCGACUUUAGCUCCUUCAAUGCGGCCACGCAUGCAGACACAGGCGAUAGUGCGUCCGUUGAUGUGUUGGAUGAAGAUGCAACGGAAUUAGACAGUCUGGAUGAUGGUCUUCCUGACUUUAGGGAGUCCAACGCGCCUGAUAGCAGUAAUUACCCCGUAUUACCCACUCAUGACGGGUUAGGGUCAUUUCAUGCAUCGGGACAACAAGUCCAAGAACAAUUAUGGCGAUACGAGCAAUUCAACCCGCGACGGUCAGCGGACGCCGCUCCCACGCGUCGCUCAAGUCUACAGAAUCAUUUGGCGACGGUAGACGAGUUAGAGUCGCUCGCUGAUCGAGAGCGAUGGCAGCGGAUCGAGAAGUGGAGAACAGAACAGAGUCGUAUAUUACUUGAAGAAAUUGAGCGCGAGACAAGACGGCGUCAGCGACGUAGUAGUCGCGGCAGCAUUGGAGCUACCUCUCGCAGAUCUGGAAAUGACGCUCUCGGAAGUAUUUCCGAGACGAAAGCAAUGGAUGUAUCGAGUAUGUCUUCAGACGCGGCCUGGUCGCAAGGAGAUUCGUCGAAAGAAUCGAUUUUGCGUCGUAUUACGCGAAAAGUGAUUCGGGAUUUGAUGGGCAUUGAUGACUCCAUCCUUUCUGUCAUUCUUGGGGAGUCAUUGGCUGAUGAUAUUCAUCUGACCUCAUACAUUGAUGAAGACUCACAUCCUGAUAUCCGCGAGAUGCAAGAAGCUAUCCGAGAUGUCCCUGUAACGGUUUUGUCAGCAGAUGAGAAUGCAUGGCAGGAACGUCUGCUUCAACGAAUUGCACGCGAACUUGGUGUUCUUGUUCAUCAAAUUUGGGAACACCCUGGAGCAUUCAGUACAUAUUUACGCGCAGAGGAUCCAGCCGAGUUCUAUGCUGGUAUGCCAGUAACAAGUUCACAACCAUCAAUACAGCCCAGUUCAAGAAUAACUCCAUCCACACCGCCACAAACAACAACAGAAGAUAGCAAUAUAUUUUCAGUAUCAUCACCUCAAUUCAACCCAACGCUUCAACACGACCCAGCCACAGCUGAACACGUUGCUGAAUGGGGAAUCGACGACGGCGAGAUCGGCGCAGCUACACAAUCGCGGACCAGAGCACCACAAGAGUCAUCGACAACUCCACUUGCCACUCAAGAAUACGAAUACUGGGAGCAAGACCUUGAUGUCACAAUGAUAUUCCGCUACCUCAUGAACCGCUUCCGCCGAGGCGACAAGCAAGGCAACGCCGACACCUCCGCAUCAACACCCCCCUCCACAACCACAUCCAACGAACAAGACGCCUCCAACCGCGCAGCCAUCAUCCGCCAACACCAUCCUCUCGUAGCGCGCGCCCACGCCCGCUCUCAAGCCCGACAACUCGGUCUACGCGCCCAAAUGCGUGCAGCGGGAAUCUCAACACCCACCUCCCCUAUAUCCCGUCACCAUCAUCAAGUCAACCGCUUCCGUCGCCCAAGCUCCAGUUGCGCUAGUCAGAGUACGAAAGUAUCCGCUAAACGCACCCAUAACGGGCUAGGAAGUGGUUCUAGUCGCCCAUAUUGGGAUAUAGGCGGUAGUGUGGGUAGUGGCAGUGCAGCUGUAUCUGUCGGCGGACCCGCUGGUAUCGGGGCAUGGGGUGAAGUCUAG